GUUGCUCUUUGCCUUUAACUCUCUGCUUCUUUCUUCUCUCUCCUUGUUUCUUUUCUCCCCUUUUUCCCUUCCCUCUCGCUGUCUCCCUUUCCCUGCACACACACACACACUCUCUCUCUCUCCCUCCCUUCUCCAUUUCUAGCUGUUUUUGGAACACGCACAGCAAGAACCGGGGAAGUCCUCCACCAAUUGUUUCGGUCCUGAGAGGAGCUCAACGCUUGGACCCCUCCCUCCUUCUGUCUCUCUCUCUCUCUCCUCUCUCUCCCCCUUCUGUUUCCCUUCCUCUCUCGCCCUCUCUCUCCUCCCCUUGUUGUGACAGAGCACACCUGCUUGAUCUUGGCUGAGCGUGCUCCGAGUCCAAUUACCCCAUAGGCCCUCGCAGCCACUUCACAGUCUCAUCCCCCCACUCGGCUGGAUUUUGGGAGUCAAGCUCAUCUCGCCCCACUUCUGCUCUCUUUGUCUCACUUUAACUGAGAACAGGCUCCACUGCUUGCACUGCGGCACCAUGAGGUCGGCCUGUCUCUCUCUGCUCCUGGUCACCGCCUGCUGGGCCCUGCCCUUCCGCCAAUCCGGCUUCCUGGACUUCAUGUUGGAGGAUGAGCCGGGAUCGGGCGUGAUUCCAGACUUAACCGUGCCCGCCAUGCCCGAGGGACCCAAGUGCCCAUUCAGAUGCCAGUGCCACCUCCGUGUGAUCCAGUGCUCUGACCUCGGUCUGAAGGCAGUUCCCGGGGACAUCCCUGAUGACACCACCCUGUUGGACCUGCAGAACAACAAGAUUACUGAGAUCAAGGAGAACGACUUCAAGAACCUCAAAGGACUGCAUGCUCUGAUCCUGGUGAACAACAAAAUAACAAUCAUCCACGCCAAGGCCCUCAGCCCUCUGACCAAGUUGCAGCGCCUCUACCUGUCUAAGAACAUGCUCAAGGAUAUGCCGGCCAACAUGCCCAAGAGCCUGCAGGAGCUGCGCAUCCACGAGAACGCCAUCACUAAGAUCAAGAAGGCCUCCUUCCAGGGCAUGUCCCAUGUCAUCGUCAUGGAACUCGGAUCCAACCCUCUGAAGAGUGCCGGCAUUGAAGCCGGUGCUUUUGCUGACCUGAAGAGAGUCUCCUACAUUCGCAUCGCAGACACCGACAUCACAGACAUCCCCAAAGGUCUGCCUAGCUCUCUUUCUGAGCUCCACCUGGACGGAAACAAGAUCAGCAAGGUGACAUCUGGCAGCCUCAAAGGCCUGAAGAACCUGGCUAAACUGGGUCUGAGCUACAAUGAGAUCAGCUCCGUGGAGAACGGCACCCUGGCUAAUGUCCCCCACCUGCGCGAGCUGCACCUGGACAACAAUAUCAUGACCAGCGUUCCUCCUGGUUUGCCCGACCACAAGUACAUCCAGGUGGUCUACCUCCACGCCAACAAGAUUGGCGCCGUGGGAACAGAGGACUUCUGUCCUCCCGGCUUCAACACCAAGAAGGCGAUGUACUCUGGCAUCAGCCUGUUCAGCAACCCCGUGCCGUACUGGGAGGUUCAGCCGAUCACCUUCCGCUGCGUCUUCGACCGCUCCGCCAUCCAGCUCGGCAACUACAGGAAGAAGUAGAGCGUCCCCCGCGGCGCGCCUCUGCAAAGACCGUGUGUGUUUGUGAAUGAGUGUGUGAAAGUUUUGUAAGCGUGCGUGUUUGACCACCCACCCCCACCAACACUGCCUCCCCCCCCC